AUGGUCUGUUGGUACCUUGCGAAAAGUGUACACAGGCGCCGUACGGACUGUUCUGACCUAUGCGAGGGACAGAGUCCGGCCCUGACCUUCUUACCCAUUCUCCAGUCCACCAGCCCGAGCAUUUAUUCACCAUAUGAUGCCAAGUACACCGCCAACCCAAUAGUAUCUUUUGAUGUGGAAUUAUGGAUCUUGGAGAGAAUGGUCCCGGCCGAGUUCGCCAGAGACAAUUUCUGGAAGAGGGCCAAGAUGGCGGUUCUAUGUGAGAGACAAUUUAUCGCGGGGCCAGUCUGUGUGAAUGGGCGGAGUGGAGAGAAGG